AAUAAUUAAGAUAAAGAAUCCAAACAGGUAUCCUGACAGUCAGACCCUUCUAAUUUUUUCAUUUGUGUGGAUGCUCUCAGGAACCCAACAUCUUUGAGUACCGCCAUCUCUCUCUCUCUCUCUCUCUUCAAAACUCUCACCCUUCAAACUCUCUCUCUGUCAUGGAAAACGGAUUCAAGCUCCGAAUCUCUCGCAUGUUCCGAGCCUCGUUCGGCUCGUGCGGCUCCCGGAACCUCUCCGACGUAGUUGAAAAAGCUGUCUUUCUGCCACAGAACCACCAGGACUUCCACAUGAUCGAGCCCUUUUCCGCUAGCCCUCGAUCCUUCACCUUCAUUUGCAGACCCAAGCCGUUCCAAACACCAGAAACCAUCAACCACAGCUGCUUAAUAGCAGCAAAAGAUUCUCUCUCUGAAAAGAAAGUCUCACCGCCUUAUUCUCCUUUCGCUUCGACCAACCCCGAUGGACGAACCUGCCCUCCUGCGUCUCCAAUCUCUCCUUUGAAUCCCUUCUACCAUUUCGGAGAUUCAACCUCUAAACUGAAAAAGAAGAAAUGCUCCGAAAGAAAUAAGAGUAAGAAGAAAAAGAAGACGACCCCAAUGAAGAACAAGCCUACGGAAACCUUUCCCUUUAGCUCAUCUUCGCAGGAUAUGAGUUUUGGUGGGUGGUGGUAUAGCAGCGAAGAAGAAGAAGAGGAAGACGAAAGAGAGGACGAGACUGACACCCUUUUCUCUUCCAAGAGUCUAUCUUCCGAUUCAUCUGAGUCUCGGCGACGUCGUUCUCGCCGGAAUAGACACGGGGCACGGCUGAGAAGGGCUGGGACUCGGAGUUCUGAAACGGAUAUAAUGCCUAAAAUGCAGGGGAAAGUGAAGGAUAGCUUUGCGGUGGUGAAGAGUUCCAGCGAUCCGUACAACGAUUUCAGGACGUCAAUGGUGGAAAUGAUCGUCGAGAAGCAGAUAUUUGCGGCUAAAGAUUUAGAGCAGCUCUUGCAGUGUUUUCUGUCUUUGAAUUCUUACCAUCAUCAUAAGGUCAUUGUGGAGGUGUUCAUGGAGAUAUGGGAGUCUCUCUUUUGCAAUUGAUUUGCAGAAAAAAUGUCGACAUAUAUUGUUUUCUGCGUGCUUGUCUUUCUAACAAAAAUCCUAGCAAGAAUUCUUACUUCAAAUCAAGGUGAAUGGAUAUGCUAUCAUUCAUCUGUAUCUUUUUAAAUUUGAAGAUCAAGCUUGUUGUAGAUGGGAAACAUGGAAGGAGGGAGGAGAUGGUGAAUUCGAUCUUACUUAUUGGGUAUAACUACUAUU